AUCUGGGAAGACUAGAGCGAGGGGGGCGUCUGUUGCUACUAGCAACGGCCAGCAUCCUUCAUUUGCCAAUGCAAAGGGAGAAUCUGUUGCCCCUAGCAACCAACCAGCCUCCUUUAUUUACCAGCUUAGGUCAGACAUUGAAACCUGAUUGGUUGCUACAAGCAACUGAUUUACUUUGAUUGGUUGCUUGGAGCAACUGCUCCAGUCUUGCCGGAAGGGGUGACGGCUGCUCCAUGCAGAGCCCCUUCAGAUCCAGGGAGUGAUCCUCAGUGACAGCAGACAUGGGGAGCCCGGGGCAGGAUUCCUAGCGACAAGUCUUGGAAGAUGCUGUUUUGGUGCCCCCGCCACAGGACUGGGACAGGUCAAGCAUGUCGGCCCUGGAGGGUGCCCCACCGGCACCCCCGCACUUACACCAUAGCAGGACACUGACGCUGCGCGGGCUUCGUGGGCACGCAGCGGAGAGCAGCGGUCAGGGGACUGCGACCGACUGCAAGAAAGUUCACAACUCGCUGAAUAAAGUGACCGCGUGCUACCGGCAGCUGGUGUUGUGUGUUGGGGGAACGUCCGACUGCACUCGACUGCGGGAGGAGCUGGAGGAGAGCAGAAAGAAAGCCUUUGAACUGAGCACCGAUCUGAGGAACACACUGAUGGUCUUGCUGAUGGAACAAGAGGUGACCCAAGAGGAUAGGGUGGAACUUGAACGCAUCUGGGUACUUUUCCUUUCCACACUAGAGCUUUUCCAGCAGGACUUAUGUAAAGCUCAUCACCUUUGCCAACUCUUUCCUCUGCAUGGCCGACGCAAGAGACUAGUUAAUACCGGGGUCAUUGGUAAAACCUCCGAAGUGGCCUACAGGGCUCGCAACAUCAAGUCACCGAGCACAAGAGUAAAAGAAAAUCCACAGCGAGGGGAGAGGCCCUGCUCUCCGGACCUGGCCGGUCAGAUCGAACAUGUAGAAAGAAUGCUACAUGACAUGCAGAUGAAAGUCAGCAUUCCAAUAUGGACAGUAGAGGCCACCGAGGAGGCUUGGGCAGAAGUCAGCUCAACCUGCGAUCUGGAUGACUGCUCUGAUAAUGAGAUCCUGGCUGGAGAAGACAUUUCCGGUAGAGGAUGUUGUGCCCAUCGGCAAUCCUUGGCUCGGCCUCUUUGUAUGGUCUCAUAAUGAACACAUAGCACUUGAAUUAAAGUGGAUGUAAACCCCAAAAA